GGUGAGGCGAGAGGAGGCUGGUGCGCAGCUUGUCGCCCCUCGGCAGCGCGGCCAGCCAGCCCCGGAGCCGGGCAGACAAAAGGGACCGCAGGGUGCAGGCAGGCGCGACCCGCGGCGGGCCCGAGCGCAGCGAUGGCCGGGCCAGGCGGCAGGGCGCUGCUGGCGCUGUGCGGGACACUGGCCGCCUGCGGGUGGCUGUUGGGCGCCCAAGCCCAGGAGCCCGGGACGUCCGCGGCGGGCAUGAGGCGGCGCCGGCGGCUGCUGCAGGAGGACGGCAUCUCCUUCGAGUACCACCGCUACCCCGAGCUGCGCGAGGCUCUGGUGUCCGUGUGGCUGCAGUGCACCGCCAUCAGCAGGAUCUACACCGUGGGGCGCAGUUUCGAGGGCCGCGAGCUCCUGGUCAUAGAGCUGUCCGACAACCCCGGGGUCCAUGAGCCUGGUGAGCCUGAAUUUAAAUACAUUGGGAAUAUGCAUGGUAACGAGGCAGUCGGACGGGAACUGCUCAUUUUCUUGGCCCAGUACCUGUGCAACGAAUACCAAAAGGGGAAUGAGACCAUCGUGAACCUAAUCCACAACACACGAAUCCACAUCAUGCCUUCCCUGAACCCAGAUGGCUUCGAGAAGGCAGCAUCUCAGCCUGGUGACCUCAAAGACUGGUUUGUGGGUCGGAGCAAUGCCCAGGGAAUAGACCUGAACCGGAAUUUUCCUGACCUGGAUAGAAUAGUUUAUGUUAAUGAGAAAGAAGGUGGCCCAAAUAAUCAUCUGUUGAAAAACCUGAAGAAAAUUGUGGAUCAAAACACAAAGCUGGCUCCUGAGACCAAGGCUGUCAUCCACUGGAUUAUGGAUAUUCCUUUUGUGCUCUCCGCUAAUCUCCACGGAGGAGACCUGGUGGCCAAUUAUCCAUACGAUGAGACCCGGAGUGGUAGUGCUCACGAAUACAGCUCCUGCCCAGAUGAUGCUAUUUUCCGAAGCUUGGCUCGAGCAUACUCCUCUUUUAACCCAGCGAUGUCUGACCCCAAUCGUCCUCCAUGCCGCAAGAGUGAUGAUGACAGCAGCUUUGUAGAUGGGACGACCAAUGGUGGUGCUUGGUACAGUGUACCUGGCGGAAUGCAAGACUUCAAUUACCUCAGCAGCAACUGUUUUGAGAUCACUGUGGAACUUAGCUGUGAAAAGUUCCCACCUGAAGAGACUCUGAAGAGCUACUGGGAGGACAACAAAAAUGCCCUCAUUAGCUACCUGGAGCAGAUACACCGAGGAGUUAAGGGGUUUAUCCGGGACCUUCGAGGUAACCCAAUUGCCAACGCAACCAUCUCCGUGGAAGGAAUAGACCAUGAUGUUACAUCCGCAAAGGAUGGAGACUACUGGAGAUUGCUUGCACCUGGAAACUAUAAACUUACAGCCUCAGCUCCAGGCUAUCUGGCAAUAACAAAGAAAGUGGCAGUUCCUUAUAGCCCUGCUGUUGGAGUUGAUUUUGAACUGGAGUCAUUUUCUGAAAGGAAAGAAGAAGAGAAGGAAGAAUUGAUGGAAUGGUGGAAAAUGAUGUCAGAAACUUUGAAUUUCUAAAAAGACUUCUAAUCAGCUGCUUUCAAUCUAUCAUAUAUAGCCUAUUAUGAUGUAAUAUGGCCAUUUUCUUCUAGGUUUUGUGCAGUUACUAUUUAACAUUGAUUUAUUUUUCAUCAUUAAGUAUUAAUCAGCAUUACUUUAAAUACAUAAUUAGGCUGUUAAGUAAAAAUAUAAGGAUGUGAUCUAUUUUAUUCUCAUAUAUAACAUUCAUUUUCCUACAUGUAUUAUGCAAGGACUGUAGAAAAGUUGUAAGUGAUCUUGCCAGCUUGAAUUAAAUGCAAUAUUCCACAUGUUAUUUACAAUGAAGAACUUCUUGAGUAACUCUAGUUUUAAAAAUUAGUGAAGUCAUUCUAAUUAUAAUUGGUGGUAAUGUUACAUAAUGAAUGCUGCUGAACAGAUCAAUACAUUCAGCUUAAGGUUGUGGGCACUGUACUGCAAAGCUUAAAUAGUUCAGUAUAAAUUGUUAUUUGUCUCUUGUGCUGAUUAACUAUAUAAGCAUGACCCUGUUAAUGCGUUUUUGAUAGGAAGAAAGCAUAAAUGUUUACCAGGAAGUUUUAUGAAAGGAAUGGAAAUUGAUGUCUUACAUGUACAUAGAGGGACAACGCAGUUAUAUUAUUCAGCCUGUUAACACUACUUCAAGAUUUAGGGCUUUCUCUUGGUUGCUGAUUGGCCCAGAAUUGCAUUCUAAAUGAAUAAAGGUGAAAAAAAAAA